ACCACCCUGGAGCAAAGGCCUGCCCCCUUAUCCUCUUCGCCAUAGCCUCUCCGCCAAACGCUCUUCCACAUCCUCCCGCCUAAGAACACACCUGCAAGGAAUUUCUCUCGCAGUCCUCCUCCGUGGUACUGCAUUGGCGUGGAGUGGAGAUCCAUUGAGGCUACGAUCGAUUUCUGGUUUAGCUUUUUGCGGAUUCGUUCGCGUCAGCAUGGAGGGACUGACGGAGAGCGAGAUCGCCGGCUUUGCGGUGGGUGCUUUUCUGCUCGGCGCCAGCAUCGCCGCGCAAAGGGUCGACGGCUUCAUCGCCACUUCGCAGAGAAGGUCUUUAAACAUGUGCAAGCGCUGCGGUGAUCUUCGCAUGGUAGCAUGCUCACAAUGCAAAGGAGUAGGUUCUGUUAGGAAAGGUGGAACCUUCACAUUUGGCAUGCUGGAGGAUAUCUACGAAUCACUUGGAGCUGAAACAAACGCAGCUGAUUUGGUCGCUUGCUCAAAGUGUCGUUCUAAAGGUCGCCUCCUGUGUCCAGAGUGCUCCAAAGUCAGAUGACCACUUAACUGCGUUUUGCGAUUACUGAUGAGAAUUAAUUGUCCAGUUUGCAAACUACUCCAGUGUUCCAUGGAGUGAUCGAUCAAUGGACCUGUGUUUUUUCUUACUUGGCAGGAACAAUAGCAAAUACUAGUACUGAAUAUGUACGAUCAAAUAUUUCAGCAUGUGUACGGAGUUCAAA